CUCAAGGAGAGCAAGACAAAGAAGAAAAGAAAAAGAGGGAGCAGCAGCAGCAGCAGCGGCGACAGCAGAAACAACAACAGCAAGAGCAAGAGCAAGAGCAAGAGCAGAACAAGUGCAAAACAACAAAAGGGAAACAAAAGGGAUGGCUGUUCGUGUCGCAUUCGAGAACUCGUCAGAGAUCGGCGUCUUCUGCCGCCUCACCAAUGCCUACUGCCUCGUCGCCAUUGGCGGCAGCACAAACUUCUACAGCACCUUCGAUGCCGAGCUGGGCGACGUCAUCCCCGUCGUGCACUGCAGCAUUGCCGGCACUCGCCUUGUCGGUCGACUGACCGUUGGCAACCGCAACGGCCUCCUUGUCCCGAGCACGACGACGGAUCAGGAGCUGCAGCAUCUGAGAAAUAGCUUGCCGGAUAGCGUCGCGAUCCAGCGAGUCGACGAGAGACUGUCGGCGCUCGGCAAUGUUAUCUCCUGCAACGACUACGUCGCCGUCGUGCAUCCAGACCUUGAUCGAGAGACUGAGGAGAUCAUUGCGGAUGUCUUAAAGGUCGAAGUCUUUCGUCAGACUGUCGGGGACAAUGUGCUCGUGGGCUCCUACUCUGCUCUGUCAAAUCAGGGCUGCCUCGUCCAUCCAAAGACGUCGCUGCAAGACCAGGACGAGUUAUCUUCGCUGCUCCAGGUGCCACUCGUAGCGGGUACGGUGAACCGAGGCUCGGAUCUCGUCGGUGCCGGUCUCGUCGUCAAUGACUGGGCGGCCUUUGCUGGGCUCGACAGUACCGCCACGGAGCUGAGUGUCGUUGAGGCAGCCUUCAAGAUCAGUCAGGGAGGCGCCAGUGGCGUCGUUGACGAGCUCAGAGAUGCCCUUGUGGACACGUAUGCAUAAAAUAGUUGAUUCGAAACAUGGUCUCCUUCGUAUUCAUCUCGUGUAACAAUGGUCAUUCAUCGUUCAUCUUCUCUUGCG